AUGUAUGACAAAAUUGAUAAAUUCAAAGAAUAUGUAGUUCAAAAUUCUUUUGAGUAUAUACGAAUUAAAAUUUAUGGAUUUUUCAGGCUAAAUGCUAUCGAAUCUUGCUGCUAUUUUGGAUCAGUGAACAUUUUUCAGUUUAUAAUUUCAUGUUUAAAUCAAGAAAUUACAUCGGAUUGCCUUGAAUAUUCAUUCAUAGGUGGAAAUACAGAUAUCAUCAAUGAAUGCUUGAAGAAGUUUACAAUAGAUAGUGAAUGCAUGAACAAUAUAAUUUCAUCUCAUAACAAUAAAUUUUUAGAAUAUGUUUUCGAAAGAAAUUUAUUUAGAUUAGAAGAAAUUGAAUAUCAAAAUAUAAUCGAUUCACAAAACUUGAAAGCAGUAUUUCUAAUGUUCAAAGAAGAUAAAAAUUCAAUUAUUCCGUGGUGUGCUGCAUUUCCAGAAACAAUAGAAAUACUUGUUAAUGAAAAAGUCGAUCUAUUUAAGACCUCUUCUGAUAAAGAAGCGUUACUUCAUUUUUCAGCAGCUUUUAAUACAAUUUAUAUAUGUAAGUUUUUGCUGAAUUCAAGCGACUUUUUCCAAAAAGUUAAUAGUAUAAAAGAUGAUUUGGGAAGGAUUGCUCUGCAUCAUGCAUCAAUGGGCAAUAGCGUAGAAGUCGCUAAAGUUCUAUUAUUUUUUGGUGCAAAUGUUAACGCCCAUGAUAAAUAUGGAGAAACACCACUUCAUUUCGCAGCAAAUUAUAACAAUAAAGAAAUGGCUGAACUUCUCAUUCAUUCAGCGGCUAAAAUAAAUCUUAAAAAUAAACUCAAACGAACUUGUCUUCAUGAAGCUGCAUAA